CGGAUCCUUUAGACUGGAUAUAAUCCGACUUCAAGCACUUUAGACACGUCAGUAUAGAUAUUUUUCCUGCUUUUAUGACAGUCAUUGCCUUUCUUUACAUCGAAUAAAAUGUUAAUUACAGAUUGUCACUGAUAUAUAGAUCCAACUAUACCGCUUUAAAAGUCAAUAAAGAACGAUAGACCAGUGAAAGCGCGUUGGCUGUAUUUUCAUAGUACAUUUGUAUUUGAUAUGGAUUUCUUGCCCAGGGUUUAAAUUUAAAAAAAAAAUAUUGGAAUUAACUUGGAUAACAGAGCAGCGCUUGCUGUGAAGACUUAAAUGUUUUUGGAAUUACUACAGUGAAACUUUCAAUAGCAACAGUUUCCAUAGCAACCUGACAUGGCGGUGCCGGGAUUAACACUUCCAAGAUCACCAAUAACGGGUAAGAUGACGGACCGGAGCCGGUAUAACAGCAUCAGUGAAAGGGGCCGCCUCAGUGUGGCCUCCAAUUACAGCAUGAAUACCUCAAUGGAUCUCACAUACAGAGACUAUUUUGGUCCACCUAACUACACACCAUUUGACGAAAGCAUGAUUGAGCUAGACUUCAUCAAAGUGAGAACGAAAUCUCAGAUCAAGAAACUAAACUCUCUGAAAAUCCGUUAUAUGGAGUGGUUCACGAGAAAGUGUAAAUCAUUUCUCGAUGGCAUAAAACUUACACAAAUUUUAGCAGCAAAAAUAGUGCCUAAUGACAUUCAAACAAUGAAGGACUUCAAGAAAAUUCAGGACAUGUCGCGCAGGUUUCCGCGCAAUGGCACACCACGUGAUUCAAAUCCCGCCAAAAUGGACGAAUUCUCUAUGUUCUGGGCAGAAAUGCUAGAUCUCAAAGAAGAAACAGACGAUCUUUACGAAGCAUUGUGCAAAUAUUGUGAAGGUGUUACAAGACUGCGACAGCCGUCGAUUAAAGUGGAAAUAGAUAGACUAAAAGUAAUUCUCGAUGAAGGUUUCUCAGAAGACUUCGUCUUCACAGACGUUAAAAACGAACGAGACAAUUUAUUUGUGUAUAAGGUAGCCCCAACAGACCAUCAAUACCACGGAAUUAUGGGAUAUAUACCCUAUCUAUUGACAGUUUCAAAGAAACUGUUGGCAUGGGUAACAAAAGUUCAUUUAGAAAAGGAAUAGAUCAGGAUUGAAAACGUUUGUUUUUGGAUUACGUAGAUCUUUAAAAAGAAAACUUUCUGAUACGACCACACUGCUGUUACAGAUAGAUUUAAGGUUAUAUAUAAAACAGAUCUAAUAACUAUGUAACAUUGUGUUAAACAAGUCUUUUUCCAUUUUGCAGCUAAAUUUACAAGUGUUAGGCGAACAACUUUACAGAACGUUUUUGUGUGGUCAGAUGGCUUGAAUGUGAUAAAGCUCAUGGUAUCCUAAACACAAUUUACCAUUCCUUGCCUUUAGAAACAAAACAUAUCACACCAUAAAACACUUACUGAGAUGCGCAUCCUAGUACUAGCAGCCAGGUGGUUUAGAUGGUGAUGAAGAUGCAAGUUUAAAAAAUUUUCAUUUAAUUUUUCAACGACAGUGUACAGCCUCAAUGUUUACCUCUACAGCAUUUUAUGCUAGCAAAUAUAAUUUUAAGUAAAACAAUGAUUUAGUCAGUUUAAAAUGCUUGCACAGUCAAAAAUCUUUACUCCCAUUAAUCAAUGGAUAAAAUCAAAAUGUAAAGUGGAAGGAGUUUUAUAUUAAAAGUCAAUUUAGACACCCUGAUUAAAAGUUGAUCUGUAUCUGUCUUAAACAGGAUAUCUGCACAAAGAUUUGGUACAUAGAUCUAGUGCACACCUUGAGUGACAGUCCUGGAGUAAUCCUGGGCAGAGAGCAUCUUUUACAUACUGUAUGAUCCACCAAAUCCGUAACAGGGCUUUUCCUGAUUUUCUGCUCUAGUAUGCAAGAUCUAUUUAUCAUUCUAUAGAAAAUCUCCAUGGGUGGUUGUACUGAAACAUUUUGAAUUUUUAAGAUAUUUUUAGUAAUGUUAUUUCUAGGGUCCAAAACUGUAUUUUUCUCUCCCGUUGGAAAGAUCUGACCAGAUCACCACUGCGAUAUUUUUUAUAAAUUUUACAAAACGUUUUACUUGGAAAUGUUGCUUUUAUGGUAAACUAAGACUAUACUAAAUGUCAAAAUAAAGCCAAAGUUUAAAUUUUACAACUACAACAAUAUCUCGAACUCCCUUAUCUAAAAAAAAAUCAGGCCAUCUCGAAGACAGUUUCAAGUCCCGUCCUAAAAACACGUGCACAAAAUAUCGUUUCAAGUCGAAUUUUUGUUGUGCACGAUCCAUUGAGAUACAGAGAAUCAAUUGUAAAUGGUGCUAAAAAUGGCUGAAAUUUAAAAUGGAAAAUACUCCCACCGAAAUCAUUUUUGAUGAUAAAUUCAAAAGCAAUCAAGAUAUUUUGAAAAUUGCUAUUGCUUACUUUUUGGGCCCUUUAUGAUAAUGUAUAACAUGAAUGGUACCUACUUAUAUCUAAAGAGAAAUUAUGGAAAAGCCUUGUUGCUAAAAAGGUUGAUUAAAAAGUAGACUUACUGGUGAGCAUUCUGUUGUUAAGCUUAUAAAUGGUGAAAUUCAACAUAUUUUUUAAACUUAGAAAAAAUAAUCACCUGCCAUAUUUCUAUUAAACUUACUCCUUUUGUCAGCCAUCAGUACCAAGCUUUACAAUGCGCAGUCCAGAUAUGAACCAAAUUCUCAGUAUGACAAAUAGGUUUUCAUAACUUUUCAUAAGUAAUUGUACUUAAAAUGUACUAUUUAUUUAUGAUAUACAAUGUAUUUAUAUGCAUUGAUCAAUGUACAUACAUGUACAUAUUAUUCUCAUAUUUAUUAUUGUGUACUGAAUGAACACACCUUUUCAAGAAAAUAAAUGACACUUGAUAUUUUAUACAAGCUCCUUGAAUUUGUCAUUUAAUCUCAUCCUCAGUUGAACUGAACAAAGCUAGAGACUUUUUAGUACAGAAAUGGUAAGGCGUAAAAAAAAAUGUUUGUUUCCGGUAUCCCGACCUACCCUAAAUUUCUGGCCAGACCCUAAAUGUUUUUAUGGCCUUGGAGAACAUUUUUUUCAUUUUUUUGACAAAAAGUUGCAGAACUGCACUUUUUAUGCUUUAAACAUGGUCAGUGAUGUUAUAAAUCAACUUACUGAUGCUCUAGAGACAUAACCCCCCUAUUUGUAUUCAUUUUUUGUCACAAAAAUAAUUUCCGAAAAGUCUCCCUUAAUAAAAAAAAAAUCCAAAAAAAAAGUUUUUCCGACCUACCUACCCUAACUUUUUAGAGCAUAUUACCGGAAACAAAGAAUUUUUUUUAGGCCUAAUAAUUCUGUAUCAUUUUUAUAUGCCAGUUUUGAAAAAAUGGGACUUAUUAUGUGAAAGUGCUUGCGUCUGUCUGUUAUAAUUCGUGUCCGGAGCAUAACUUU